GUUUUAUAUAAUAUUUAUAUAACCAGCGACAGUUAUUGAGUAGCAAUGAUGAGCCGGGGGGCGGGUGGUGGGUUUUUGUUUUGGUUUUUUUGUUUUGUUUUGUUUUGUUUUUCUUCUUCUUAAUGAAAUAUUUGGGAAAGGGAAGGGAGGAGAGAAGAGAAAAGGUAAACGAAUCACAUGUAAAUGAAUCACAUGUAAAUUAAUCACAUGAAAAUGAAUCACAUGUAAAUGAAUCAUAUGAAAAUGAAUAAAUAUAUUAAAACGUAAAUGAAAACAUAAAUAAUAUUUUAGUGGCACAACAUAAUAAUAUAAACCAGUCAGAAGUAUUUGUGUAAGUGUAUAAAUAAAAUUUAUAACAAGAAUUUAAGUUUACCCUGUAAAGAUGUGCUCAAAGCUUAUUAUUGGUGUGUGUGAAGGUGUUUUUAGGGCUGGGCUGUGGGUGUGGGUGUGACUGUGGGCGUGACUGUGCCUGGGCUCUCACUGUGAGAGUGAAUAUAUAGGAUGAGAAUGCCAUCCGAUUGUUACUCAAAUUCUUUUUCAGCAGAAGGCUUGCCCGUCACUGAAGACUUUUGAGAUUGCUCCUGAUUUUCAAGACGCUCCAACCUGUUUUGUUCUUACUCUUAUUCUGUUCCUGCAUUUGCUUGUUUGUUUUGCUUGGUGAUUCUAACAUUUUGUGUACAUAACUGUAUUUGCUUGUGUUACUGUUAUUUUCUUCUUUGUUUCCUUAGUCCUGAUUUUCAGCACUGUCCUUCCUGCAUUGUCCGGAUACAUCUGCGUUAAUGAAUAAUGGAUCCCAUUCCAUAAGUGAAGAUACAUUUUCAUUAGUCUAUUUGCAACUGUAUAAACUAUUGACUGUAAAAAUCCUCCCUUCUAUGUACUUUUUAGUACAAGGGCUUGGAAAAACGGUUUGCUGAAUAAGCUUUAAAAGAAGUGUCUUUUUUCUAUUUCCAGUGAAUUCAAAAGGAACUACCUUCUCUGCCCUGUCUGCAAGAAGACCUGGGACUGCCUGUCGGUGCAUCUGUGCAGAGUCUGCAUGAAGACACAUGGCGAAGCAACCAUUGAAGCAGCAGUGGAGCGGGCAAAGGCGGAAAUGCGUGUGCUUCUGGCAACAGGAAGGGUGUUUAAGUACGGCCGGCUGUGUCAGAUUUUGGCUGCUGCUGACCCAAUCAGCAGGUUGAUAGAGGAACUGGAGAGUCACUUUUUGGUGGUGACCGAUGUGCCCCCACCACUACCUACUACCACUGAAAGGUCAGGGCCUUCCUCCUCCAGAGCCACACAGCCACCAGGGUUGGACAGCGAACCGUCAGAGAGCUCCUCUGUCAGCAGCGGAAAAAGAAGCGGUGAGAGCAGUGGCGAAACCUUUCAGUGGUAUGGCAUAAAACCAUGGGUGACCAGCCAGAGAGCACGCCGGGUCUUCAAGACAGCCACCAAGAGUCUGACUGACACAGAUAAGUCUCUGGUGGCUGACUACCUGACACAUUUGAUUGAUACAGCGGAGAAACAGUACCCCAUGAAGCAGACAGACAACGUAGUGAGGGCUAGUCAGCUCCUGGAUUUGCUGGCUGGUCAGUCGAGCACUGAUCGUUCAGAAGGGGAAUCCAGCCGCACUGCCCAUAGCAUUGCUCACAGUGCUGCCCGGCAGAAAGCAGAGACGACAGAUCUGCAAAUGGAUUUUGAGGUAGCAUACAACCGGCUUGUCGAACAGCACCCGGUGACUCUGGAGGGUGAGGCGCCAGAUAAGGCUCUGUGCGCUGACAUCUCACCUAGCUUUCAGCGGAAGCUGUACGAGCGAUGGGUGAAGGCACAGAUGAAACUGCGCAAGCAGCAUAUUCACUCGCACUUUGGCCCUCGUCUACCCAGUGAGGAAAAGGUCAGCAAGUGGAUCUCUGAUCGGGGUUGGAGGACCAACAUACCCGGUGCAGCACAGUUCGUAAAGGAAUGGAAGCCCCAUGGAUCCGUGGACACAGCAAUGGACGCUAAACAGAUCUGGAGACUCACCAGGACCCAGAAGUGGAAGGGACUUCUUGUGACGGAAGAUGGAGGGAAGGGCAAGGGCGUCAUUGCCACCCGAAGAUUUCUGGCUGGUGAGGUGGUGUGUGACUACCACGGGCAGGUCGUCACAGCUUCAGAGGGACACAGCACUCACAGCACUGUAAGUGCGGAGGACGGUGUUCACAUGUUUUUUUUCGAAAACAUGAAUGGACAGGCUAUGUGCAUUGACGCACAUUCGCCUUGCUGUGAGUGCCAUCCAGACCGACAGUCUUUUGGGCGGUUAAUCAACCACUCAAGGAAACGUUGCAACCUGAGGCCCAGAGCAUACACUCUUCAAAACGGGGAGGACAUUAUUAUUUUCCUGGCCACAAAGAACAUUAAAGAAAAUGAAGAACUUUUGUUUGGUUACGGUGUUGAAAGAAGAUCUUUUUAUAGGAAAGGGUUUAGACCUCCUUUGGGUAUGAAUGUGUAAAUACAUGUGAAAAUUUGUGUAAAUACUAGUGUAAAAAAAAUAUGUGAAAUGUGCAUAAAUACAGCCCAUAUUACUUGUUAUCUUCCUUUUUUUUAAUGCACGAGUUUUGCAAUGUAAAUAAACUUGCCUUGACUAGUUUAUAUUAAUAUGCUCUGUGUCACUAAAAUACCGGUGUAAAUGUGUAAAUACUCCUCUGUAAAUAAAAUUUGCAUUUGUAUGAGUGUAUAAAUCAGUUUUGGAACAAGAAUUUAAGUUUACCCUGUAAAGAUGUGCUCACAGUUUAUUUAUUAUUGGUGUGGUUUGGUGUAUAUUGGUAUAUUUCCUAUAAAAGAAAAUCUUUUAUAGGAAAUUAGGUUAGACUUCCUUUGGUUAUAAAUGUGUAAAUACGUGUGUAAAUGUGUGUAAAUACUCCUCUGUAAACAAAAUGUGUAUGUGCCUGAGUGUAUAAAUACAAUUUAUAACAAGAAUUUAAGUUUACACUAUGAAGACGUGCUCAAAGUUUGUUACUGAUGUAGCGUCAUUCCUUGUAGACUUUCACCCAUAUCACUUAUUAGCUGUCUGUUACUACCCUUUUAACGAGCUGUGCCUCCAUGAAAUGCAUCAGCAGCCCAUUUGCAAUGUUGUUGAUGUCACUUGUUGUGACAUUUUUGUUGACUAGCUAGACAGAAGGAAACCAGAAGUUUUUAAAGGACUGAAAAUAUCUACCACCAACCUGCACAUACAUGGUUGAUGACCAUGAUUCUGUUGACCAGCUCACAGUCCGGAGCGAGAUCCUGCAGGAUGUCGUGGGUGAUGAUGAACUCUAAUGGCUUGCUCUCAGUCUGAUUAGUAGGGGAACGUGGUGCAAGGCCAAACACAGAGACUUCAGAGACUCCUUACUGUGUGGCUUAUUCCUGUUCGCAGCGGUCAGGUUGACUUAAAGACAGAAGGACACCAGAAUUUUUAAAGGACUGAAAAGGUCUACCUCUAAUAAACUAUGAGCACAUCUUUACAGGGUAAACUUAAAUUCUUGUUUUAAAUUUUAUUCAUACACUCGUGCAAAUACACAUUUUUAUUGGCUAGUGACAAUGGGACAUUUUUCCUAUGAAAUGUUUUAGAAGUGAUCAUCUCAAAAUUUAAACAAUUGCUGAGAUUAAUAGAAAUAAAGUGUUGAAUAUUGAUA